UGUUGAUAUUGCUCUGUAAUCAAAAAUAGUUAAUUGAUUCCAUUAUUAUACCGAUUCUUUCAAUAAAUACGCACUACUGAAGUCCAUUAUAAUGAAUACUUGCAGAACGUGUCUGAAAACUCCAGCCGAUAAAGAUAUUUCCGACCUGGAAAAGGGCAUAAAAGAUGAUAACACAAGCAUCGACAUUAUGUUGUUUUGUUUAGAUAUAAAGGUUACGGAAGACUCCAAAAUAACAACAAAUCUAUGCAACAACUGCUAUAGAAAAAUCAUAUUGUUUUACAAAUUUAAGGUUGUAUCUCAGAAGACUGAUGCUUAUUUAAAAUCUCUACAUCCCGAUUUACGCUUAGUGGACCGAAAACUUACCGUGUAUGUGGAUGAAUACGGAGUUAAACACGAGAAUCCGUUAGAAACAGAUAACCGUUGUCCAAGUUUAGUUGAAUGCAAUGCUGAAAUUAAAGUGGAAGUAAAUGUUAAGAGGGAAAACACGUUAGAAGUAGAAUUUGAGGAAUUUAAGGGUGAAGAAACAUUUGCGGAUGCUAACUAUGGAGACAUGGGGCCAUUUGAAGAUGUGCCUCAUGAAGAGCCGCUGAGUGUUGUACAAAAUAUUAAACAUGAAAUUAUUAGCAGUAGGACUAAAGAAAAAGCCCCUAAACGUAAACAACAGAAUGGUGCUAACAAAAAAGUGAAACAAUGUAAAGGCACAAAUGUACAAGAGCGACAAAUAUGUGAGGAAUGUGGCAUGUCGGUGCUGGACCUGCAGGCGCACUCCAUCAGCCACCGGCCCAGGGAGGAGCGCCGGAUGCUGCAGUGCAAGGCCUGCCCCAAGAUGUUCGUCACUAAGGGGGGUCGGCACAGACAUUACAAGAUUGCUCAUUUAGGUCUUAAAUCUAAGUGUGAUAUUUGUAAUAAAGAGGUAAUAAGCUUGGCAAUCCACAAGCUGCAAAUGCACAACCGCUCGGCGCUCCCGUUCAGCUGCGUGACGUGCGCGCGCCGCUUCGUGUCGCAGCAGGCUCUCCACAUGCACAUGGUCAUCCACACCAGGGACCUGGCCUUCGAGUGCGAUGUCUGCCAGAAGAAGUUCCGCUCUAAGGGACAUGUCUCCAGACAUAUACGGCAGGUCCAUGUGAAAGAGAAAAAUCAUCAAUGCGAAAUAUGUUCUAAGGCUUUCUUUGACAAAAAUAUGCUUCAGGAACAUUUAGGAUCGCACACGACGGAGCGCCCGUUCCAGUGCAGCGAGUGCGGCAUGUCGUUCUCGACCAAGACCACGCUCAGGAAGCACCGCAUCGUGCACAGCGACGUGAAGAAGUACCACUGCGACCACUGUGACAUGAGCUUCAAAACUAACAGUUACCUAAAGUCGCAUAUGAUCAAGCACACGCAAGAGAAGCGCUACCCGUGCCAGUACUGCGACAAACGCUUCGGCCGCUCCGACUACCGCCGCCGGCACGAGCUCACUGCGCACCAGAAACAUCUGACGGCCGGCUGAACACCCUAUCUCCAUAGUAAUACGGUUCAAUGUCGAACACCUCGCUGGAUCCAGGUGCAGAAAUAAGUUGGUUUUG